UAGUAUAGGAGGAUGGGUAGAGUGAUUAAUUGAUAAGAAUUAAUAGGAAUUUUAACAAAAUAAAACCAAAAAAGAUAUGUGUAGUGUUUUGAAAAUACUCGCAAAACACUUUUGUAUAAAAUGUAAAUGAAAUCCGUAUUGUAGUUAUAAAAAUGCUGAACGCGACCGAGGGCCCGGUGGCGCAGCGCUGGAACUCCACGCUGCUGGAGGACGUGAAGAUCGACAGCGACUUCGCGUUGCUGGUGGUGUCGCUCGUGUCCGCGGUGCUGUGGAUCGUCUACAUCACCUACUACAACAGCCGCGUGCUCGGCUACAUCCUCACCCGCCUCAUCAAUAGGUUCUAUUUCCAAGAUGAAAACUUCAAAAUUGGCUCCUUCACCCUCAACGCACUCUCCGGCAAGAUCAUGUUCCGCGACAUUGUGUACGUGACCUACGACUAUACGCUGCGCGUGCAGGACGGCUACCUCAUCUUCCGCUGGUGGCGCAGCUAUGUUCCCAAGGAUGUUAGUGAAGACUUAUCCCACUCGGACACCCGGCUCUCCAUAAUGCUGAACGGGUUCGAGCUGCACGUGUACAACCGCUGCGAGUUGUACAGCGAGCUCGAGAAGACGUUCGGGCUGGAGCCCCUGGUGAAGCUGCAGCAGGACGACGCGGGCCGCGAGCGCGCCAUGAACCACGCCAACGAGAAGCGGAGGAGAGCGCAGGACACGGUCAGGUCCGAGGCCGCCAUGGCGAGGACCUGGAGAGACCUCAUACCCGUCAUUAAAAUAGAUAUCACCACUUCCCGCAUCGUCUUCGGCAACCGUUUAGUCCCUACAACUCUUUCUAUCAGCGUUGAGGAAUCACAUCUGGUAUACAGCACCAAACCGCCCGCAUCCAGCCUUGACCAUCUCAUGCACUUCGUCAAGGCGAAGGCGGAGAACUGUAAAGUUAUGUUAGCCCCUAGUCCAAACUACACUGCCAUGGUAGACGAGCCGCCGAGAUAUAUGGGAGAGGGCUUUGUUGUUAUGAGUUCUAAUUACAUAGAGGUGUAUUUUUAUAUGGACGAGCCGGGUUUAGUGCCAGAACAGCCCGUGCUGCUACGGUUAGCUAACGGAGAUGUCGUGGAAUCGGCGCCACCGAUCUGGGGCGUGGACAUUAAAUGUGGGAAAGGGACAGAUUUCAGCUACGGGCCAUGGGCGGACAGGCAGAGGGAUCACCUGUUCAAAUUCUUCUUUCCACCCAAUUAUAAGAGUUUGGAAGUGACCCCUCAGCCCAAACCGGGAGAUCUAAGGCAGAUGCAGUCCUUCGAUAUUAGGUUGUCGACGCUGAACGAGGCCACCAUCGACAUACUGUUCACGAAGAAUAAAGAAACGAACGCCGUACAUAUAAACAUCGGCGCCGGCUCCUACCUGGAGGUGACCCUGCCCUGGAUCGUGCUGCAAGACGGAUACACUACGAAGAUAACCGGCCAACUGCUGCAUCUAGAGGCUACCACCAGUCUGCAGUACAGAAGCUUGGCAGAGAGCGAAACGCUGGAGUACACGGUGAAGUGCCACUACCCUCUUGUAUGGAACCACCACCAGUGCUGGCAGCUCGGCCUCACAGGCUGCAAGGCCACCGCCCACCUGGUCUACACGCACAUCGACUUCAUCCAGGACCUCAUCAACGACUGGUCCAACAAGUCCCGACCCGACAUACUCCACUUCGUUCCUUACACGUGGAAGAUCUCCCUGCUGCUCAAGGAAUGCGAAGUGGUGACCGUCAGCAAUCAGUACAACUGGAUAGACUGCAGCUCGACGAACCAGGAGAACAACCACGUGGCCUUCUGCGGUGACCUGCUGGACGUGUCAUUCGAUCUGCCCUUCGUGGACUUCCUGCCCGACGUCAUCCCGCUGAAGAUCUGGAUCCAGGGCGAGGCUGUCGACAUGAGCCUGUAUCUGCCGGAGGUCAACACGUCCCGGCCGCUGCUGCUGUCGCUGGACAAGAACAUGAAGCUGGUCCCGUGUCGGCUAAAAGCGUCCAAAUGGAGGAGAAAGUGCGUUAAAUCCCAGGGCUGGGUGGAGUGCUGGUCGGUGCCAAUAGUGGCGCUUAGCGUGCGCUACAACUACCACCCCAUCGCGCCGCUCGGGCCCGAGCCUCAAGCGGACAUCACCACGCCAGAGAAAGAGGAAAUCCUUCUAUCUCCCAUGAGAAUACCUCGGAUGAGGAAGCAGCCGCCCAUCAACUGGACGAUGGACGGCAACGCCUUUGACCGCACGUCGCUACCGCCCGACAAGGUCAGCGUCGAGCUCGAGGUGGGCCCCUCCAUCCUGCUCGCCUACGGCACCAUUAUCACCAGCUUCAUGAAUUUACUGGAGAACAUCUUCGGCGAGGACCAGACUUUCACAGACAUGCAGAAGACACCCAACUUGGAGACGUUUUUCUGGUCCAGCGAGAGCACUCCUAAGCCGGAUCGGAGUAGCAUGAAUCAGCACGGAGACAUAUCCCUCGAUAAUACCAGUGAGUCAAGUAAAGAUGCCUUCGACCCGCGGCGAUAUCGACCUUUGGAUGUGACCGUGUCGAUAAUAAUACACGACAUCCAGGCACAUUUAGUAAAGAAUUGCAGCGAAAACGAACCUCCCUGCCCGGUGAUACUGAUUGAGAGGUUCGGCUUCGAAAUGGACAAAAGCUUCAAGGAGACUAAGAUGCAACUCCUUCUGAGCCCCUCUAUAUUGGUCUCGGCGAAUAACCUAUCGCGAACCAACCCGAAUAAUUCCGGAGCUCUAUAUCAGGGCCAUCUGAUGCUCUCGUCUUUCCAGUUACGGGGGCACGGGUUCUUCAGCGAUACCAACCGAUCUGUCGAAGAAGAUACCAUAGAGUACGCGUGGAUGAUGGAGCUUCAACUCGGCCAGCUGACCGGUCGCUUGACGCUUCCGCAGCUCUACCAGAUCGUGUCAUCCCUCGAGACCUUUCUACUCCUCAUCACAGACAGUGAAAAUGAACUAAUUCCGCCUAAUUCAACAAAACAGUGCCACCACGGCAUGAACAGCAACAUUUGUCCGGAGACGGACGUGGCGCUGAAAUACCGGUGCCCGACCACUAACGAGAUCAAAUACAAGAUGAUCCGAGUCGCGAUAGACUUAAUAGACAUUUACAUCGCGGACACGAAUACUACGCUUCAAACGUGGAUUUCACCAGUGAGACUAAGUUUGUGCAACCUGCACGGCGCCGGAUUCGGGAACGGGCUGACGGGUCUGCUGCCGCACAUGAAGCUGGCGCUGUUCACGCAGACCAACAUGCAGAGCAACUCGCACCACGCCUCCAACGGCAGCAACACCAGUCAGAGCAAACUGCCUGACAGCGAGAACUGGCUCGGCGUGGGCUCUGUAUCUCUAGGCCCAGUUUUACUUGAAGCGGCUUCAUCGUUACCACAGAGUCCGAGGAAUCUGCACUUAGUGCAGCAGAAAUUCUUGAAGCUUCACGACGAGAAAACUAAACGUCUGUGGUUCAUGUGGCCCAAUGAAGGCAAGACCGCCUUGUGCGGCUGCAUAGGCGGCUGUGCAUUCUUCGGUUCCAAUAGGAACGGAGCGAACUUCUUGAAGCCGAAUCCUUCAGAUCUCCAGGACGGCAUCAACGUAGCGAUGUUUAACAUAAUAGAGACAGCGCCCGGCGAGUACGGCUACGGACAGAGCUUGCUGCACCCCGGCCAGCUCGUGUUUCACACCCCGCCCUACGACAGCCUCAACGUUUGCCUACAGCCGUCUAACACCUCCACUCUGAUCCCGUCACCGCUGCCGCAGAACCUUAACAAAUCCCCACAGAGUACAGAACGUCGAAGUUUAACCCGACGGUUCUCGUACACCAGUAUGGGCAAAGGCAGCAGCAACGUACUAGUUUCGAGCACCAAAAGUGAUGUCCCCUACGCCCGCUUGGUCGACUCCACGGUGCCUCUAGGCAGCACGAAAAUCGACAGCGAUUCUAAACUCCACAAGAGCAUACUGAGUGUCCCUCAGAUGGAGAGCAGCGUCUCUGAUUCAAAGUUAGCUCUAAGUUGUACAGUGAAAGACAACACCAACCUGAACAAGAAAGUGCCCGCGCAUACGGACGUCGAAUCGUUUGCGGUCCCGAAAGUGCCUGCGCGAAGCGUCGCCGUGUCCGAGUCUCAUUACUCGUUGAACUCGCACCCGGCGCCGCACGAGGAAGCCAUUCCCCUGGAAGUGCAGAGAACCAUGUCGAUUACAAGUGAGAACCACUCGGAAGCCUUCUUCUCCGCGGACGAGGAUAUGUUCCCGAGCCGAUCCUCGAGUCUCAAACAUUCCUUCGGUAGCCGCCACAGCAACCCUAAAGACAAGAGCUCCUUUGGUAUCAACGACAUCACGAACGAGAAGUGGACGAACUCCAUGCCGAGGUCGGAACCCGUGGACGGUCCGGACACGAUGAGCAACUUGAGCACGGGUGCUCAGCCGGACUCCGAAAGUGGUUCCGUAUCGUCCACCUCUUUCAUUUCCGCCAUUUCGUCGCAAGAAGAUAUGACGCUGGUAAACCUGCACAUGCAAACCAACAAGCCCAUCGUGGACUCUCCUCUCCUGAUGGCCAGCUACAUGCAGAACCUUCCACAGUACAAAUGCACCAACUGGGGCACCUGUUCCCUCCCGAGCGGAACCGAUGUCUUCACAUUACCGUUGUUUAAACGCGCGGACGAUGGCUCAUUGAUAUACGUGGGCCAGAAAUAUUUGCCCAAGUUCGAGCCUUUCGGGAAGAAUCAUAUCAUGAAGCUAGUCUCCAAGAAGGAGGGUCACACGAGCCAAACUCAGCACGGACCUUUUUCAAAUUUAACACCACACUUCAAUAACCAAAUCAAGGCUCAUCCAUAUCCACAAGGUUGGUGGGACUUACAACAAAACAUGGAUAACCAAGAGAAUAAGGAACAGAGUACCUCUUCGACGGCAACCACUACCAGCGACAGCAAAAGUGGUCUGUCCGUAAAACUGCGAGGAGAAAUCGACAUCAUGCUCACUCCUCUAGUCCUCGAGAGCACACAGAGAUUCGUCGAGUCCCUCACUCCUGUUCUAGCGAACAUACAUCCCAUAACCGUGAUCAACCAUCUGCGACUGCUCUGUAUCUCAUCGGUGCAGAGCGCAAACAUCUUGAAACAGAAGCAGUACGCUUCCAACUGGCUUCCAUACAUGCAAUCUCGUAACCAGACUAGCAUAGCCAUGGAUAAGGACGACAAAUGUAAAUUAGCUACUAUACCACACUCAAACGUAUACGAAGAGACAAUUUGUGACCAGCUCCAAGCCACAGUCACGGUUCCGAAAGUUAACGUAAUCUUCAUUCAGUCUUCAGUGGUCGAAGACAUGAUAUCGUUCUCGGCGUUAGAUAACAUCCAAGACUUAACGUGCGUAUCUCUCUUCGGCGUGUCAGUAGAGAACAUCACGGCGAAAUACGUCAGCUCGAAAAAGACGCUAGAAUCUGUACAGUUAUAUUACAGACCGACGCUUCGAGCGCUCGGCAGCAAGAAGUCAUUCGGUAUAAUGAAGGGUCUGGGUGGAAGGGCGCUGAUCUCCGCGCAGGGCAGCGGCAGGAAGAGGGGUCCGGAGAGAGGAGACCCCGUAUACAUUGAGACUUCGCAGCAACAGUGCGAGGACACUACCAUCACGCUCAAUGUUGGCAAAGUGCACGGACAACUGAGACGCAUCCGCAACGACCCGUCCCAACUGAAGGACGCGACCAUCACCGGCAUCCCGUGCCAGCACUCCAAGGUGGCCUUCAAGUUCAUCAAGGUGGACCCCGGGGCCAAGACGUGCGAGGCUGCGUGCUGCCAGAACGGCGGCGGCGCAACAGACGCGCAGAAGGAAAAUGCUAUCGGCUACAUCAUGUUCGAGUGCGGCCUCGAGGGCAUCACCAUCAAGGUAUCCCAACACGCCCAAACCCACAAACCAGAUGAAAAACCCAAACCCGAGCCGGAGAGUUGCCGGGAAUCCGUCAAAUCCGCGGAGGAACUAAAGCCAGACAAAGAGAAGACUAAACCUAGGUCGUCCGGCAUCGAGGACCUGUUCAGGAAGAGGGACUCCAACUCCAAGCCCAGCACUCCCAACCUCAACACCGCGCAGCCCGCGGCCCCGCCCGCGCCGGCCCCAGAGCCGUCGACGCCCGGGCCGGAGGAGCCGCCCGCCGAGAGCCAGGCGGCGGCGCCGCUCAAGGACAACGGCAACUCCUCCUCGUGCGCCGUCGACCUCAAGCUGGUGUGGUUCAACUUCGCCGCGCCGCCGCGCACGCCCAUCACCAAGAAGAUCGACUACACCAGACUGGACUGGAACCUGCUAAGCACGGCGUCGCCGGCCAUCAACGCGUGGAUGAACCCGUGCAACCGGCUCGGCAUCCGCGUGGUGGCGCUGUACCGGGCGCACGCGCGGCGCCUCACAGCGACGGCGGCUAGUCUGAUGGCUGCAGCGUUGGAUCUGGCUCCACACCACACCCUGCCCAAGAGCCGCUACGGGCGCCACACGCCGAUGGCCAAGCAACUCCGCGAGGAGCCGUCGCUGCAGCUGUGCUGCGUGCUGCUGCGGUACGCGCUGCAAGCGGACGCGGCGGCGGUGCAGGCGGACCUGGCCGAGAGACAUCUGCCUAAACUUUCUACCUUACGACAGGGCGUGAUAGUCCUCAGCCGUCAGUGGAAGAACAUCUUAUAUACGCCAUUACUAUUGGAACACAACUACAAGAGCAAAGUUAUGAAGCCCCUCAACGUGACCUUCGCUCUGCCGGAGCUCAUUGAGGACUCGGUGGAAGGCUGGCAAGAGUACCAGGUGGACAACGAGGUCCUGGACGAGAACUGUCUGCUGCUGAACCUCGACACCGACAAGAUCGAGGUGCCCGCGCGCGCGGCGGGCGGCCGCGGCAGCCUCGGGUUCCCUUCGCUACCAUUUUCGACGCGCAAGCCGACAUUCCAUGAUGACGCCAUCGCUAAUUACGGCACGCUGAAGGAAGAGUUCCCGGCGGUGGGCUCGAACCCGUCGCUGUACUCGCCGCACGGCUCGGACGACAACCUCGGCAGCGAGCGCGCCAGGGAGGACCUCUACCAGUGGAUGGCCAAGCAGGAACCCAUCAAAGUUGAGUCUAAGACGAAGAAGCCCAUGAUCCCGGCCUCCAAGAUGAACCCGCGCGCCAUGGCGGCCUCUCUCCCGGCCUGCAGCCUCUACCCGCUCCAGGGCUCGCUGAUGCUGCUGGAUGCGCACCUGGUGUUCCAGCCGCUGCUGGCCGCGCUCGGCGUGUGUCCGCAGCAGGUGGCACAAGGCGAAUCAAAGAACAAGUCCGGCGCAGAAGGCUCGAGUGCCUCGCCAGCGCUGGAGUCCCUCGGCUCCAAGCUGUCGCUGGGCGGCAUGAUCGACGUGUUCCGCAUCGACAUUGUCGUCAGCGAGCUGAAGCCGCGCCGGCACCCGCCCAAGGGGAAAGGUCAGCCUUCGCACAUCGACAUCCCCUCUGAGACGCCAGCUUUUCUCUGCGAGAAAGUGUCCAUCGACGUGGACCUGAAGAAAGUGGCCGACAUGGCGGUGGACGACCUCAUACAGCGUCAGAAUGUGCUCUAUAUAUCGAGGGGGCAGCUUAAAAAACAUAUCAGCACUAUGCUCAACUUCAACAUCAGCGUCCGAUUUAUAUCACAGCAGGUGAACAUGCCGCUGCUGCGGCUGCUGCACCAGAUCAGCAACAUGUACCAGAACGUGAAGGACACGCAGACCGAGCUGCGCGCGCAGACCAAGAUCUCGCACCGCCAGAGCAAACACGCUGCUGACUCUGUUUCAGACUUCCGCGAGAACCUGGUGAGCGUGUCGUCGCUCGACAAGGAGAGCCAGUUCGCCGCCCUCGACCCCAAGUGGGAGCUGCGCACGCCCACGCCCACCCCCGAGGCCGCGCCGCCGGCGCUCGCCCAGCAGAAGCUGCCCGCGGGGAAGACCAGGCCGCAGAGCUUCGCGCAGAAGCUGAGGUCCACGGGGAAGAGCGUUAAGGGGAAAUUGGGCUACAGCUCGCUGAGCGAGGGCGCGCACACGCCGCACGGCGCGCGCGAGGCGGGCGCGGAGGCGCGGCGGCGGGCGCCCCUCCCCCUCCCCCUCCCCGCCCUCCCCGCCCUCCCCGCCCUCCCCGACGACGGCUCGCUGGCGCCGCGCUGCUGGCGCACCGUCUACUCGCUGCUCAGUCUCUACGCGGACAUGCCGGACGCGCACACUAUCACACACAGGUUCUCAGUGACGACGGAGCUGCCAGAACAGUACCGAACGGGCCGCCCCGCUCGGCCCAGCUCCCGGGAACAGAACACCAGCAACUCUUCGUCCAGCGGCGCGGGGAUGGGCAUCGUCGUCAUGGGAGUCGCUAGGAUCCAUCGAACCCGACUCCUGGCGUCCCUGUCCGGCUUGAAGCUGGAGGCGGAGAUCACGUCGCUGCACGCCUCCCUGCAGGCGUCCCGCGCGCGCCAGUGGUCGCUCACGGGCGUGGUGGGCCGCAGCAUGAUCGUGCUGCUCGAGGGCGUGGCUCCUAACCAUCAGACCGUGGUGCGAGUGUCGGUCGGCAAAUCUCAGGCGCUGUACUCGUGGGAGGCGGGGCGGGGCGGGUCGGGCGCGGCCGCGCUCGUGACGGUGGGCGGCGUGCGCGUGGACCUGCCGCAGCACCCCGUGGCGCUGCACGGCGUCAUGACGCGCUCCAGCCGCCAGCUGUCGUGCACGCUGCAGGAGCUGGGCGUGACGCGCGCGGCGUCGCGCACGUCGCGCGGCGCGGAGGCGGACGAGGAGGCGGCGGCGGCCCCGCCCGGCCCCGCCCCGCGCGCCGCCGCGCCGCCGCCCCGCGCCGCGCCGCUGCUGCCCGCGCCCCGGGUGCAGUUCAAAGUCGGCCUGCAGAGUCUCAGCAUCACGGCGGCUCUGCUGCCGUCGCUGCAGGCGCAGUACAAGAUGGAGCACGUGCAGAGUUCGGGCGUCACCGGACGGAAGGCGCAUUUUACAGUAGACCUACCGCAACACUCGCUCAGCUUCGUCACUAAGCUGCAGGUGUCGGAAGCGAACAUCCCGUCGUCAGCCAUCGUGGCGCUCCCCGCCGCUCACGUGGCCGCCCGUGUUUUAGAAGAUGCACCCAACGGGCAGGCGCUCGAGCCGGGCGCGGUGCUGCGCGCCGGGCGCUACCUGUCCGCGACGGCCGACAUCGGCCUCUUCGAGCACACGCUCUCCACCGACCUGCUCAACCAUCUCGUCUUCGUGCAAAAGGUUUUCAUGAAAGAAGUGAACGAAGUGGUCCAGAAAGUGUACGGCGGCGAGAAGCCCGUGCCGCUGUGGAGCGAGGAGGAGGCUUCCACCUCGGCACUCAACAGGAUACUCUUCUCGUUGCUUAUUAGGAUCAAGCGUAUCCAGCUUACAGCGACGACCCCGAGCAACUCGGCGGUGCGACUAGAAACUGGGGCGGUGGAGUUCGAGCUGUCCAACCGCGUCCAGAACGUGCAGCCGGCUGAACCACAUUCACUGAGGCUGUUCGCCCGCGCUCAGGUACUACUGUCCUGUCAACAGCGUGUCCAGCUGACAGCGACGACCCCGAGCAACUCGGCGGUGCGACUAGAAACUGGGGCGGUGGAGUUCGAGCUGUCCAACCGCGUCCAGAACGUGCAGCCGGCUGAACCACAUUCACUGAGGCUGUUCGCCCGCGCUCAGGUACUACUGUCCUGUCAACAGCGUGUCCAGCUGACAGCGACGACCCCGAGCAACUCGGCGGUGCGACUAGAAACUGGGGCGGUGGAGUUCGAGCUGUCCAACCGCGUCCAGAACGUGCAGCCGGCUGAACCACAUUCACUGAGGCUGUUCGCCCGCGCUCAGGUGGAUCUGAACUUGAGCUUAGGGCAGCUGAUCCGCAACGCCAUGUUCGAGGAGGCCGAGCCGGAGUUCCAGCAGUACGCCUUCUUCAACACCAGAAUAGCCAUGCGCAACGCGUUCCAAGAGGAGAUGGUGAGCGGCGAGGACAAGGAGGUGGUGCUGAUCACGCUGAAGCGGCCGCUCAUCUACAUCCAGCCCGUGGCCGUGGACCGCGCCAUCCUCGUCUGGCUCAACUACAAGAACGCCUACGAGUACUGGAACGAGAAACGACUCAACCUCAACAAGGAGGUGCUCACUGCGACUCAACAGGUCUUCGAGAAGGUCCAACUGACAUCCCAAAUAACGACGCCGCACGUCAGCACCCUGUUCCUGCAGCUCAACGUCGACGACAUCGGGAUAUGCAUACCGCUCAACCAACCACCUGUGGCAACGUGGGGCCGCGGAGUGUACGAGUGCGAGUCCCGCGGCGCGGUGGUGGUCACGCUCGAGAGCACCAGCAUCUCGGCGUGUUCGUCGGGGUCGCUCGUCAGCAAGGGCCGCUUCGUAGGCCUCUGCCUGCGCUUCGCGGACGACUUCGAGACGUCCCUCGACGACUGGAAGCCCGACCCCGACCAGAGCGCCAUCAACGUGUGCUGCGUGUCGGAGGGGACGUAUGAAGUGUGCAGCCGCACCACCGCCUCCAAACACAACGAGAACGCGAAAUGGUUCCUAAACGUGUCCUGGCAGAUGGAGGGCGUGGACAUCCACCUCGACGUGAACGUCGGGAAGCAGCUCUCCGCUCUGGGGCACACGCUCACCAUGCUGACAGGUUUUGAAGAAGAAGAUCCUCUCAAAAUGGACUAUGAAAGCGAUUUGGACGACGAGGCAGACAAUAGCAAAGAUUCACAGGAGAGCAUAAUCCUCCGGCGGAAAUACACCGAUCACCUGCCGGCCUUCGUGUUCGACAACACCAUCGACGCCAAGAAGCGCUCCAAGCUCAUCGAGAAGGAGAUGAACGAGCAGGCCAAGAUCAUCAACGAUCUCCGGACCCUGGGCGCCAGCCACAGCACCAUCGAGUACGAGAUGAAGAGGCUGCACGACCUCGAGGCGCUGGUCUUCAAGGACUUCCGACGAGACAUGAUCCAGAAGCUCCGGCGGCAGAGCGUGCGCGCGAGCACCAUCACCAAGGGCAAGCUCGGGCUCGGCUCCAACCGCUCGCGCUCCUUCGUCGCCCCGGAGCCGCCCAUGGACUUCCUCGAGAUGGACGAACCGAAUCUGAUGACGGGAAACGUCGGUGACUCCGGGGAGACUCUCCUGCUGGGCGACGAAGACAACCGACUGGCCGACAUCAUAGAGGGGGGCUCCUGGAGCUCCAUGGAGAGCGAACCUCUCACGGGUCCCUCGCGGUCGGCGUCGCUCCGCGGGCACUCUUGCGGCGGCGCGCGCUCCGUGUCGUUCCAGCCGCCGCCCGUGCAGCGCCAGAGCUCGCUGCCCGCGCAGCCCGACCACUGGCCGCCGCACGACCACCAGCCGGACCCCGUGCAGCUGCGGCGCAGAGAGGGAGCGGCGACGUCCGAGGCCGCGGGCUCGGAAGGGAAGGGCGGCAAGGCGAAGACGGCGGAGCCCAACAUCGACUUCGAGCUGGACGUGAAGGUGCACAUCAACAGCGGGAAGUGCGUGCUGCACACCAAGGAGCCCUCCAAGGAUGACGACCUUAAGAUCAGCGCAUCACGCAUGCGCGUGGGGCGCUCGGCGUCGGGCGGGCUGGGCUCGGCGCCCGGCUCCCCGGGGGCGGGCGGGGGCGCGGGCGCGGGCAGCGCGCAUGCGCGGCGCGGCAAGCCCCCCCCGCCGCGCCUCCCGCCGCCCCCCGACCUCACCGUGUUCCGCGUGCCCGGCCUGCACCUCCAGGUCCACUACGAGUCGAAGACGAUCCCCGAGGAGUCGGCGUCGCCGCUGGCGCCCCCCGCGGCGGCCGCCGGCCCGCCCCCCGCGCCGCCCGCGCCGCGCAAGGGCAUCAAGAAGGCGGCGCUGUUCGCGUGGAUCACGGUGCAGAGCAUCCCGGAGGAGACCGUCAUCAGCCCGCACAUCCUGGAGUUCCUGGAGCAGACGCUCGAGCCGAUACCGACGAAGGCAUCCUUCGCGGCGCCCACUCCGGAGACGGAGACGGGCGACCGGUCUCAGUCGGCGGAGGGUGCGUCGUACGGGCAGUAUGUGUACGCGUCCUUCCCCGUCGACGUGAUCGUGCAGUUCCACAUGCAGCCCUCCACCUUCCGCUUCUCCUGUCUCCCGGCCUCCAGGGUCGAGUGCCUGCUGCAGCUGCCCUCGCUGAGGAUCGUGUUCAGCUCCAAGCGAGCCGUGGAUGAGGCCGGUCUGCCAGCGGUGGCGAUGGGCGGCCUCAGCGUAACGGGCUGCCUGGCCGACUUCUCCGUGUACAUCUUCCACCCGUACGGCGGCAAGAAGUCCAGCCUGAAGGAGCCGCAGUGGUCGCCGCUGUCGGACACCGAGCGGAAGGAUUCGCUGAGCAUCAACGUGGAGUUCGUCAAGUUCCACCUGUCGCGCUCGAGGAAGUUGGACUUCCAGACGGAGCAGGACCAGUCCAAGGCUACUGUGAGGUUUUCAACCAUCGUGGACGUCGGCUCGGCGUGGUUCAAGUACGACAUGCGCCGGCUCGGGGAGAUCCUCGCCUUCCCCAAGGCGUGGUACCGGCGGACCAUCGUGCGCAGGAUGUUCCUGGGCGACCUCAACGUGGAGGCCAGGCCGGCGAGCAACAACGUACCGAUAUCCCCUGUUCUACCACAAAGAGAGAAGAAGACUUUAGACAUACAGAAACCCAAAGAGACCGGCGCGACGCCGGCGGGCGGCGCCGCGUGGGAGACGCUGGUGCUGUUCGCGGUCAACUUCAACAAGCUCAACGUGCACAUGAACAUGGGCAAUGUCAUGGGCAACGUCAGUUGGCAGAGCCGCGACUUCAACUGCACGGGGCGGCUCAGCAUCGGCAGCACCGGGCACCGCAACAUGCUGGUGGGCGUGGCGCUGGCCGGCUCCUCGCUGGACGCGCGCGGCGGCAUCGUGGGCGGCGCCAUCUCGCUGGCCGACAUACACACAUACGUGCACAUAGAAGAAGAGCCCGGCUGCAACCCGGGGCACACUUGCGGGGUGCGGCUGGCCGCGCUCGAGCUGCGGCUGGAGUACAUGGGCACGUCCGUGCUGCUGGCGCGCGUGUCGGCGCUGCAGUGCCAGCUGCGCGACGAGUGGCUGUGGCGCGCCAAGCAGCCGCCGAGGCACAAGCCGCACACACACAGGCCGGCGAUCAUCCUGACGCACGGCACGCUCUCGUGGCAGCAGCUGCAGCUCCUGAUGAGCCGCAGCACCACCCCCGACCUGCUGAAGAUGCAGUACAAGCUGGAGGAGUUCUUCACGCAGCAGUUCAACUCCUCGCGCCGCGUUCUGUCGGCGUUGCACCCGUACCCGGCCAGAAGGCAGCACUCUACGGCGGCCGGCGCGACGCCCGGAGCCCCGGCGGCGGACAAGCCGGCGGACGGGCAGGCGCCGCCGGAGCUGCGCCACCACCGACACUGGCAGGAGGUGCUGCGUGCCGCCGCCGGCAUGCGGCCGCACCUGCCCACUGACGACACGGUGCUCGGCGGCACGAUGGAGCUGCACGGCGCCAACAUCUCGCUGGCCUGCUUCCACGGGAACAGCUUCAAGGCCAAGUCCUGGGCGCUCUUCAGCCUCAAGGACCCCUGCAUCAGCUUCGCUACGGAAGCCCAGCAGCUGCCCAACGAUGACGGUGAACUGGAAGUGAACGUGACGCAGUCCCUGACGGCGUCACUAGGCGGCAGUAACGGCGCCGCCAACGGGCACCAAUCAGUCGGCACCGUCUGCCGCAUGACCCGCGCCUUGCUCUUCCCACCGCAGUUUAAGACAUUGCGGGAGUGGUUCACAUACGCCUUCGCCAGCAGCGAGAUAGACGCCAUCGAGUUAUUCCCGUCGCUGGAGCUGGCUCGCGAGCGGGAGGCGGGCGCGGGCAACACCAACAGCGCGGAGCGGGAGCGGGAGCGCAACGCGGAGCGGGAGCGGGAGCGCGAGUCCGCCGCGCCCGCGCACGCGCAGCACCAGCGCGAGGUCAUCUUCGCGCUGCCCGCGCUGCAGCUGCACCUCCGGACCAAGCACCGGCAGAGCCCCGCGCCGCCCACCGAGCAGGACGCGAAGCCCGUAGUGGAGUGCAGCUUCAUCACGGAGUUCGAGGAUCACAUCUUCGUGUCGGUGGAUGCCGAGGCGUUCCUGUUUCUUCACGAUUUGAUAUCGUCUUAUAUCAAGGAGAAGGACCGCGUCAUGCCGGGCACGGGCACGCGCGCGGCGUGGGGGGAGGUGGCCGGCGCGCGCGCGCCCGCGCAGGACUACCGCGACUACCACUGCCUCACCUGGCACCUCGAGCCCACCGUCAGACUGCUGUCAUGGGGCGGCAAGUCCAUCGAGCCGUACGGCGUGGACUACAUCCUGCAGAAGCUCGGGUUCUCGCACGCGCGCACCACCAUCCCCAAGUGGGUGCAGCGCGGCGCGCUCGACCCGCUCGACAAGCUGCUGGCGCUCGCCCUGCUGCGCCUCGUGGCGCUGCUCCCGCACAAGCCACUAGCGACCUAAGGACGUCGCACUUACAUUCAAACUCUAUACCGCCUAUGGCACACCCUGGACAGGACAAACUCCUCGCCUGUUGCUGACUCAGACGUCAAUAGCGGGUUAAGUGCGAUGCGAUAAGGUUGAAAUUGGUUUGAUUCUAUUCGGCAGAAGUCAUAUUUCAUGCGUUAAAGCAUUACGAUGAACGCCUCGUCGCAUUACAAAUUAUGAAGUUCCAAACUAAAAUACGUUCUACCUACGUUCACCUAUUAUAUACGAGUUUCGUGGAAUUGUGUGGUAACUACAACACAAGAAAUCUAAAGUUGUAACAGUGAAUCAAUAGUACAUUGUGCAACGUGGGAGGUAAGGUGGCCACUGACGAGCCUUCCAAUAGUCCAAAUAGCGUGGCUGCAAUCCAAAAUCGGUCCGUGAAUGUCAAAAACGUACAAUGUUUAAUAUUAGGAUGCCAUCCAUUUGGAUGAAUCCAUUGUAACGGCAUCCAUUUGGAAGGCUCAUCAGUGGCCUGCUGUAAGUGUAAAUUUGGAGACGUGGGUUUUUAUUCCCGACAGCCGCAGGCCGGAGGGAAUUAAAGACCCGAGUUUGCGAUUUUCUUACCGUCGGAGUCACAAUGCUUUUCAUUACACUUGCUCGAAAAGGACCUUAUUAAAUAUUUUUUGUAGAAAAGAAUGAUAUACAAAAUAGAUGGCGAGACACUAACAAUGAACAAUCAUCGACAAAUGUAAACAUGAUAUCUCAAAGAUACUCGUACUUGUUAAAUUGUUCACAAACCAUGUGGACAAGCGCGGAUCGAAAAAUUUAAUUUGAAUUUAUAAGUAACUCGUUUAAACAGCCAAUUAAAUACGAGUAUCAGAGCGACUGAAAGUUUAUUACAUGUGUAGUAAUCUUAAACCCGAUUGAGAUUUUGAAAAGAAAAGGAUAACCAAUGACACGCUUUCAAGAAAUAAAUUUUCGACAAAAUUGGCAUUAUUAAGCAGUAUAACUGAACGGUUAUGCUUAUGACAAAAGGUAACAAUCAUGAGUAUAAACUGGCGUACGGAAUAUCUUCUAUAUAAUUAUAACGUGUACUCACGGAUAGGACGAAUCGAACGACAAAAUAUGCUUUAAAUAGAUAGAAUUCUCUGUUAAUACGUUUAUGAAUACAAAAUUAUAAUUAUACAUUUAAUGUUAUUGAAUAUGACGGUAUUGACGGUGUAAUCUUUGACAUAUAUAUGUUAUUAUCCUUUUAACCGCCAGCAAUUUUAAAUCGAGCGUGCUUCUGUCGCCACCGACAGAAAUUGUACCACGCCGAGUAAGGUUGGCAUAGUUACGGGAGUAAUAAAUGGGCUGUGAAAACCAAAUCAGAUCUUUGUCUUAUUUAUCAGACUGUGGCGAAAUGAGCUGGAUAUGUAAUGUCUUAUAUAUCAGACUGUGGCGGUUAAAGGGUUAUAGUAGUAAUUGAUUUUAAUGUUAAGUACAAUCGAUCCUUCAUAUAAAUAGUCGAAAUCGUCCAUUGUAUAAUGAAAUUUUCCUUUUUAUUCCAAAGAUAUUAUUAUGUAUAAUGGUUUGAAUACUUUUGUCUAUGUGUGUUUGUAGUUUAUAAUGUUGUGACCGGUGUAACGGACACUUUGUUUAUUGCUUUAGCCCUCAAAACGAGAUAUGUAGAUAUUUUGGAAAUGUUAGUAUUGGGACACCGGUGUGGGCAUAGCAUUAUCGCUCUGCUAGAAACACAACGAAGAACAUAGGUGAAUCGGGUAGGACAGUGUGGUAGUGGUAGCUCUAGACGUGGUAGCUGCUGACCCGACAGCAGGAUUGGCGAUGGCGCAUUUUCUUGUUGUCAAGGUUCGCCACUCAAACGGGUUAUUCAUACCUAUACCUACAUGUUUCCUUUAGUAUUCCUUGACGAUGAAUAAAAAUGCGCCUUAGAAGGUAGGGAAUCGUCCAACUACCGUAAAAUGCUUUAAUGUUUGAUUAGUCGGACUAUAUUAUUUUUUUACGCUAAAAUUGGAUUUUGUAUAAAAGUUACAAUUAGUGUGUUCAGUGGAGUCACUGCCUCUUGUGCCGUGUAUAGCAGGCGGCCAGCAAUAAUAGUUUAUUGUGGUGUACAGGCGAGGCUUGUCCCGUUCCGUACGAGUAGGCUGCAAGUUGAAGUCGUUGGAAAUAUAUACUGCCAAAAAUUAAUCGGAAGUAUUCAGCUAGUAGUCUCCACACAUUGGCUAAAAAAGGAGGCCUGUAUACGGUGGUUUAAAAAUUUUGUAAAAAAGAAACACGAGUAUUUCGAGAGAUGAUAUUUCCAUAAAUACAAGUGUUGUACUUCAUUGGCCGAAUGACCGAGUCACAUCGCUUUUUAAUUAAUAACUUUAUUUUAAGGCCAAUGGAAAAAAAAGCUAUAAAACAAACUAACCGAUAUGAGUAUCAUUUGUCCCAGUGCAGUAAAAAAGGUUACAGUUGUGGUACAUUCGGGGAGUUAUUGCCAGUAUUACUGACGACGAUCGAGCAAUCAUUAGGUAAAUUCGCGAAAGCGGCAGCUCUGUAUAAAUUUGUAUAUUAUGUUAUUGAGUAAGUAGGUCGAAGUUUCUUAUAUGUACUGAUUAUAUUUUUAUUAUGGAACUGGUAACUUAUUGUACAUAAUGUGAUACGAAUAAAUUAUUAGAACUA